CAAUCAGGCGGCUCUCGUGGAGGCAGCUAGCGCGAGGCUGGGGAGCGCUGAGAAGCGCGUCGUGCCCUGCGCUGCCCAGACUAGCGAACAAUACAGUCAGGAUGGCUAAAGGUGACCCCAAGAAACCAAAGGGCAAGAUGUCUGCUUAUGCCUUCUUUGUGCAGACGUGCAGAGAAGAACAUAAGAAGAAAAACCCAGAGGUCCCUGUUAAUUUUGCAGAAUUUUCCAAGAAAUGCUCUGAGAGGUGGAAGACAAUGUCCGGGAAAGAGAAAUCUAAAUUUGAUGAAAUGGCAAAGGCGGAUAAAGUGCGCUAUGAUCGCGAAAUGAAGGAUUAUGGACCAGCUAAGGGAGGCAAGAAGAAGAAGGAUCCUAAUGCCCCCAAAAGGCCACCGUCUGGCUUCUUCCUAUUCUGCUCAGAAUUCCGCCCCAAGAUCAAAUCCACAAACCCUGGCAUCUCUAUUGGAGACGUGGCAAAAAAGCUGGGUGAGAUGUGGAAUAACCUAAAUGACAGCGAAAAGCAGCCUUACAUCACUAAGGCGGCAAAGCUGAAGGAGAAGUAUGAGAAGGAUGUUGCUGACUAUAAGUCGAAAGGAAAGUUUAGAUGGUGCAAAGGGUCCUGCUAAAGUUGCCCGGAAAAAAGUGGAAGAGGAAGAUGAAGAAGAUGAGGAGGAAGAGGAGGAGGAGGAGGAGGAGGAGGAGGAGGAUGAAUAAAAAAACUGUUUAUCUGUCUCCUUGUGAAUACUUAGAGUAGGGGAGCGCCGUAAUUGACACAUCUCUUACUUGAGAAGUGUCUGUUGCCCUCAUUAGGUUUAAUUACAAAAUUUGAUCACGAUCAUAUUGUAGUCUCUCAAAGUGCUCUAGAGAUUGUCAGUGGUUUACAUGAAGUGGCCAUGGGUGUCUGGAGCACCCUGAAACUGUAUCAAAGUUGUACAUAUUUCCAAACAUUUUUAAAAUGAAAAGGCACUCUCGUGUUCUCCUCACUCUGUGCACUUUGCUGUUGGUGUGACAAGGCAUUUAAAGAUGUUUCUGGCAUUUUUUUUAUUUGUAAGGUGGUGUUAACUAUAUGGUUAUUGGCUAGAAAUCCUGAGUUAUCAACUGUAUAUAUCUAUAGUUUGUAAAAAUAACAAAACAACCAAGACAAACUCUUGAUGCUCCUUGCCUGGCGUUGAGGCUGCGGGAAAGAUGCCUUUUGGAGGGGCUGUAGCUCAGGGCAUGCACUGUGAGGCUGGACCUGUUGACUCUGCAGUGGGCAUCCAUUUAGCUUCAGGUUGUCUUGUUUCUGUAUAUAGUGACAUAGCAUUCUGCUACCAUCUUAGCUGUGGACAAAGGGGGUCAGCUGGCAUGAGAUAUUUUUGUUUUUUGUUUAAGUGCGGUAGUUUUUCAACUGUUUGUUUUUAAACAAACUGUAGAACUCUUCAUUGUCAGCAAAGUGAAGAGCCGCUGCAUCAAUGAAAGUUCAAGAACCUUCUGUACUUAAACAUGAUUUGCAACGUUGUUAUUUUUUUUGUAUGUUUAGAAUGCUGAAAUGUUUUUGAAAUUAAAUAAACAGUAUUACCUUUUUAAAACUGUUCUCUAUUAUAACAGUCAAUUUCUGACUCACAGCAGUGAACAAACCCCCACUCCGUCGUAUUUGGAGACUGGCCUCCCUGUGAAUGUGGUAGCUUCCUCUCUUACUCAGUGGCCAGCUCACUUAGGGCUGAGAUGAAGGAGAGGGCUACUUGAAGCUACUGCCUGCUUUUGUUUGUGUGAGUGGCAUUAAGAUGAAGUCUGGAGGAGCUAAGAGAAGGACAUAGGCAAGGUUCAGCAGCCUUCCAAGGUACAGGAAGGUGGAUGAUGAGGACUAAAGCUGACUGACUAGGUUUAACUUUUUUUUGUUCCACUUUCACUCCUUAUUUUGUGUGCCAAGUGCAUUGUUAAAUAGCAAUUUCAGAGUGGCCUUUCAAAAACUCAGGCCUCAGUUUUCCUCUUUCACACCUACCCCUGUGCUCCUGGCACAUGUUAUUUGUGGUGCCCAACAUUUGGGGUCUUGUGCCUGCUGCUUGUCUCCUGGACACCAGUGAGGGUAUGUGGGAUGGAGUGGUGGGGUAGGAGACAGUAUCCAUGUUGCUCCUACUUUACUCCUUCAAAACUCCAAACCCCCAAGGAAGAUUGUAGGCUCCAUCUUGGGCCACCUGAGCUAUAGGGCAGGCUAAUAGAAUCAACCAUUUCUAAGCACUAAAUGUAUCAUGAAAAGUUGAAUGGCCUACUCACAAGAUUAGCUCAUUCACUGGAAAUGUAGAUUGAUGUUCAAUGUUUUUAAACUGGAAGAAGCUUGGUUUGUGUGUCAGUGGUUGUAUUAGUGGGUAGUGUAACAUUUUCUCCAGGCUGGAGUGAGGGGACAGUAAAUGCCAUUCUGAAGGCUGAUGUGUACAUAUGUCAUUACUGUCUGUAGCAAUGAAGGAUACGGUACUGUGUUGUGGGUGAGUGUCGCUAUUGCCCAGCAUUAAUAUUUGGGCGUGGGUGUUUGAGGCUAUGAGACAUGCAGGAGUGUUUUUGUGGUAUUUUAAGAGAAAGUAGCUUUUUCUUAAAAUUCAUUGUUCAGAAACUUGCAUUUCUGGAGGCGGUGUCCUCCACCCUGUCGGGUCCUGGAUGAGUACAAGUUAUGGUCAUGGUCACAGCCUGAUCUCUAUGUAUUCAUAGCCAUUCCGUCUCCCAUCAGAACUGUUUGUCCUGAAUGUGUUCUCUAGUUCUAGAAAAUGACCACUAAUUUAAAAAACUUGGUUGUGAGGUUUGCCCAGAGGCACUUGUUCCGGAAUUGCCCCUCCUGCUUUCAGCCAUGUCCUUGUCACUUGGCAUUCUAAGCUAAAGCUUCUGCUUCCCAAACCAUGAUGUGCUAGGAGGCCAAGAUCUGGGAACUGUGGCCAGCCUUGUCAAAUGUGGAAGAGAAACAACCUGUAGUAAAAAAGUGAUUUGUUAAGUGGUGCCCGUCUACCUUGUAACUAGACACACCAACCAGUCCAGUAAAGGGCAAAGGAUGGAAAGGUGUAACUUGAGCUUCCAAAGUAGCUAAGCAGAAGUAGGGAAGCAGUUUAGCCAAAUGAUUUUUGAUUAGGCAAACAUUGAGUUUUAAAGAGACUGUCAAGUUGAGGCCACUUGGUCCAUUAGCUGGUGCAGCCAAGACCACUACUCAGCAUUUUCAUACUGUCACAAGAUUGCUCCUCUAAUGGAAUAAUGCCCUAGUUUCUCUUGAGAUGCUGUAAGUGGCAUGUUACCUAAGGCAUAGGCUUAGCUUGAUUGCUGGGCUCACUGUGUUCUUAAGAUGCCAACCUGUUGCUUCCCCCCCACCCCCACACCAGUUUAAAAAGAUAGUACCUGUUCCCUCUAACCACCUCAUCCCAUUCCUGAAUGACAUUUUAUCUUUUGGAAAGAACAAGGCUGUGGUGAAGUGACUUGUCCGUGUCUCCUGUGUGUGUCUGUUCUUGUCACAAAUGUAUUUGGGGACGUUGGAUGCAUUCAUUUUUCUGUAAUAAAGUUUCUUAAUCACUCUUCCCAAAAA